CAACCACCAUGAGUCUGCCAGUUAUCCUCUACCGUUACGAGGGGUCUCCCUACGCCCACAAGGUCGACAAUGCCCUUACGUUGAAGAGAAUACCCCACCAAAUCGUCUCGGUUUCUCCUGUCUUGCCACGACCCGAGGUCGCAGACAUUCUAGGCAUCCCUUAUCGACGAAUCCCAAUUCUCGCAAUCGGAAACGACAUUUACUGCGACACAUCUCUCAUCGUGUCCACCCUUGAGCGGAGAUUCCCAGCGAGCCAGGGCUUUGGAACUCUAUUCCCUGCCAGAAACAACGGAGGGACCCCCGAUACUGGGUUGAUCAAGGCGUUCUCCAAGUUUUACAUUGACCGCUCUCUCUUCUCCGUCGCCGCGUUGUUGCUGCCAUGGGAGAAGCUUCCCCCGGCCUUUCUCAAAGAUAGAAGCGAGCGGUGCCCCAAUGAAUGUAAAGGCUAUUGUUGCCUCAAGAGACAAGGCUCUUGCCCAACUUUCCUCCCAUAUGGCAAGUCACACCCUGUGUUCAUAUCAUGGAAAAACGAAGUAACUUCGAGACAGGUGCUUGUUGAAGAGCAAUUGAAGGACGGUCGCACCUGGCUGUUUGACACGCAGGCCCCUUCCCUUGCUGAUAUAUCCAUUCAUUUCGUUUUGGCAUGGGCCCUUGGGUUCCCUGCUGCCAAACCCCUGCGCCAGGAUGGGCGCUUCCCUCUAACACAUAAAUGGCUAUCCGCGCUGACCGCUUAUCUCAAAGACCACCAUCAAAAGCCGACUGUAAUCAAUGGUGCUGAAGCAGGGAACCUCGUUUUCUCCUCCCCUCACGAAGGCUAUUCCAUUGUCGGAUUUGAUACUACAGAAGCCCAGCGUCUUGGAGUGAAGUUGAACGACGUUGUUUCCGUAACCCCAGAUGAUACAGGACGGAGCUACCCCACAACCGGCAAACUGGUGGCUUUGAGCACGGAAGAGGUCGUGCUGGAGAUUGUGGCCAAGAAGGGCACGGUCAGAUGCCACUUCCCCCGCCUGGGGUAUGUCAUUGGGAUUCCAAAGACCGUAGCGAAGCUCUAGGUUCUACAUUUGCACCCCCCAACGUGGUUGUAGAUUAAAUG